AUCCAAUUGAUUCCCACUCUUUUAAAAAAAUCUAUCUCAUUUCACAACAAUAACAAGAAGCCCUAAAAUCUCGAUCAGAUUGUCCGAAAACCACAGCAACAAUCAAAGACCCCUAAUCUUUCACACUAGCUCGACAUCGAAAAACCCAGUCAAGUUAUUUUUUGCUCAACAAACCCUCUUUUAACCCUCACCGUCGGUUUUUUUACCAGUGGCUUCGAUCUAGCAAUCAACCGAUGCAAAAUCGUCAGCGAGGACAGCACCUCCAUCCAUGUACAAGAUAAGGAGGUUAAAGAUCGUGAAAUUUGGUGGAUGCUGCUCAUUUUCAUAAAUGCAUGUCGAGGGGGAUCUAGGGUUUUCGAGCCUAGUGGUCCUUGUUUUCUGUGUAGUGGUUAUUCCGGUGGGUUGGUUUGUAAUUAGGUGUAAAUGGCGGGGAGUGGUUGCGAGAAAGGAGGAGAUCAAGAGGUUGAUGGUUUUAGCGGCAGAGGAAGCCGCCAGGGCCGAGUUUGAGGCCACGGUUUCGUACAGCACCGUUCCGGUUUCGUACGGCACCGUUCCGGUUUCAAAAAAUAAUUACCAGUGUGUUGUUUGUUUUUGCCCGAGAACGACACGGUGUUCCCGCUGUAAAGCUGUUAGAUAUUGUUCUGGUAAGUGUCAAAUUAUCCACUGGCGACAAGGUCACAAGGAAGAAUGUCGUCGUCCUCCCACCACAUACCACAUUAAUGAUGAUGGAGGCAAUCCUGGCCAGAGGGCGGCAAAGCAAGACCAACAUGAUAUUUAUGAUGGCAGAUAUGAGAAAAGACCAAUUGAAACAUUCUCCGUGGAACCUGUGGUGUCUGAUUCCAGUUACUCUCCUGGAGUUUCACUCUUAAAGGAUGAUGAUAUUAUAGUUGAUUCUGUUUUAGACACAGAGGGAGCAGAUUCUAUUUCUGAAUCACCAGGCACCUCAUUUUCUGGAUUUUCCACUCCUACGGGCUCUUCAUUUUCUGGAUUCUCUGCUCAUUCAAAUGGGGAAUCAUCUGACAGUGUUUCUGUAAGUGAGAGCAUUAGUUCAAAUGAAACAGAGGGAUCAGACAGACAAACACCGGCUGAUAUUGCCCCUGAUACACUGGAGUCCAGUGUGAACGAGGUGGCUACGACCAAACCAUCAUCUCCAAAGUUUGCUACUUUGGUUGAUUCUAUAGGUAGUUUUAAUAAAUUGAGUAAAUCAAAUCAUGGCAAUGACAGGGAGAGUCAAUGCUCAUCUAGUUCUUCAAGCCAUAGCAUAAGUGCCGGGAAUGAUGAAACAAUCACAAAACCAGCAAAGGUUUCUUCUGGUUUCUGGUGGAGAACUCUGGAUUCUGUUGGGCCCAGCAGUGAUGCUGGGGAUGGAUCUGCUCUGUCAAAUUUCAAUGGCCCUGGUAACAGCAAGUCAUCUAAUGACAAACCAUCCCUACUUUUCAAGUCCAAUCUAUCUGGAAGUGAUGCUCUCAUUUCGCAUGCAAAAAGCUCAAAGGUGAACAACAUCAUAUCGGAUGAUGCACCCCCUUCUGUUCCUGGCGUCAGUAGGCCUGCUGAUGGAGCAGUUUCACCAGAAAAGAAUGGCUUUGAUGCUCUAAAAGUCAAGAGAUCCCCAACCAUAAGUUUUGAAAGGUCCAAUCUUGUUGAUAAUAACUCUGGUGGAGGUUCAAAUGUUUCCAUUGAGAGUAAAUCUGUAUCAUCGUCCUCUCCUUAUGCACAUGUUUCUUUCAGUUCCGGAGGAGUUAAAUUAGAUCCAAGUGCUUCAAAAGUAUGCAGAUCUCAAGCUUUGAGAUCUGAAAGGUCAAAUGUUGUUGUUGAUGACAUUGUUGAUACUUCACAUCUAUCUAAGUACAGAUUAUCAUCUAGUGCUUCUCAAACCCAUUUGAAUUCUAGUGUCGGUGGGCAUUCAGUUUCAAGUGUGAAACUUGGAGGAAAAGUUGAAAAUGUUGAACCAGGUGCUGCUGCUACUUCUCAAAUUUCUAGCUAUUCUCCAAGUUCUAUUAAUGGAUUGAAGUCAUCAGUGUGGAAAGUUGUUGACCAAUUCAGAGGACCUAAAUGUGGGAGAUAUAGUAAUAAGGGCCUUUUCCCAUAUGAUUUAUUUGUGAAGUUAUACACUUCAAAUAAGGUGGAAAUGCGACCAUGUGGCCUUAUCAAUUGUGGAAACAGCUGCUAUGCUAAUGCUGUUCUACAAUGCUUGGCAUUUACUCCUCCUUUGACUUCUUAUUUUGUGCAAGGGCUCCACUCUAAAGCCUGUGUAAAAAAAGAACGGUGCUUCUCUUGUGAGUUUGAAAAAGUAAUUUUAAAGGCAAAGGAAGGGAAAUCUCCGCUUUCUCCCAUUGGCAUACUAUCCCAAUUACAAAAUAUUGGGAGUCAGCUUGGUAAUGGAAGAGAAGAAGAUGCACAUGAAUUCCUGAGGUAUGCAAUUGAUGCAAUGCAAUCUGUUUGCCUUAAGGAAGCUAGGGUGAAUGCAGUAGAUUCCUUUGAAGAAGAAGCCACUCUCAUAGGCCUUACAUUUGGAGGCUACCUUCGCUCAAAGAUUAAAUGCAUGAAGUGCCAUUACAAGUCAGAGUGGCAGGAAAGAAUGAUGGAUCUUACUGUUGAAAUAGAGGGGGAUAUAGGGAAGCUUGAAGAUGCACUUAGACGAUUCACGGGUACCGAGAUUCUGGAUGGGGACAACAAGUACCAGUGUGGCAGGUGCAGAUCUUAUGAGAAGGCUAAGAAAAAGUUGACAAUAUUGGAGGCUCCUAAUGUCCUUACAAUUGCAUUGAAGCGCUUUCAGUCAGGUAAAUUUGGAAAGCUCAAUAAAUCUAUUCGGUUCCCGGAGAUCCUGGACUUAGCACCGUAUAUGAGUGGAACUAGUGAUAAAUCACCCAUAUAUAGGCUUUAUGGAGUGAUUGUUCACUUGGAUGUCAUGAAUGCUGCAUUUUCUGGUCACUAUGUCUGCUAUGUCAAAAACAUCCAGAACAAGUGGUUCAAAAUUGAUGACAGCACAGUUACAGCUGUGGAACUUGAAAGGGUUUUAUCAAAAGGCGCUUACAUGCUUCUUUAUGCAAGGUGCUCACCGAGGGCCCCAAGACUGAUAAGGAGCAGAAUAAUAUCUUCUGAUCCAAAAAAUAAAUGCAGUCCCUCCAAAAUCAAGGCAACAAACACUGCAUUGAAUUCAAGAUCCAUGUCUAUGCAAUCCAGUGUUCAAUCGCAUCCAGAUUCAAUUCCUUCGGACAAUUUGGCCAGUGUUGAAUCUUUCUAUUUGAAGCUCCACCGGCUUCUGAGGAUUUCAGAAGAGGACUCAUCAAGUGACAAUUUCUCUUUUACCAGUGGCAAUUCCGAUGAAGCUUCCUGCAGUACUGACAGCACCCAUGAUUCUACAAGUACUGAUGACCUUUCUGAUUACAUUUUUGGAAGUUGGAACUCUUGGAGGAACACAUCUGAUUCAGACACUUCUUCAUCUUCCUCCCCUUUGUACUCAAGGUAUUCACCCCAUGCUGAUAAGAACCAGAAUGAUUCGCAUGCAUAUUCAAGGAUUGGGGGUCCUGAUCUUUCGGACAGGAUACCAAGCGGGGGGAGGAAGCUGGUGGAUCUGGAAGGUAAGAGGGGAAAUUCUUUUUUGCAUCCUGACACGACUGAACAAUGUAGAAAGUUACCAAGUAGUAAUAGUUGUAGGGAUAAGGUGUCGACAAAAUUAGGAUCACUUAACCCUUUAAAUGAUGUAAAAUCCGGGGUAUCCUUUAGAAGAUCAGUAAGCGAAAGAACAGACUAAGCAUUUCAUGACGAGGUAUUAAGUUAAAAGGGGUAAAUAAGAGUUGGGAAGGAGGGGGGCUGUAUGUAAUCUAUACUCUUGUAGUUGGCUUUGUUUUAAAAUAGAUCGGCCGUCACCAUUUUUUCAAAUUCCUUUCCGGGAAGUCCUCAAAGUGUAUAGUGCAGAGGGGGUCUUUUCCAAACCUUGUCCCAAAAGGGUUUUUGAACCCCAUACAGUUGUUUACUUGAGAACAAAUAUAAAAAUGAUCUGGUAGAUAUCGCAUUAUAAAUGCUUCUUUGUCAA